AUGGCGUGGGAGCCACCGCGGCUCAAGCUCGGCCUGGUCGGCUGCUCGUGGUUUGCACUGCGGGCGCACGUGCCGGCGCUGCUCGCGCUCGAGCAGCGGGUCGGCGUGCGCCUCACUGCCGUGUGCUCGCGCACGCGCAAGUCCAUGGCGCGAGCUGAGGCCAAGAUCCACGCCGCCGACCCCGAGCGGGAGGUGCGCCGCUUCGCCAAGAUGGAGCAGCUCUUUGCAGAUGCGGACGUGGACGCUGUGCUGCUCGUGCUGCCGAUCCCGCUGAUGCCGGCAGCGGUCGAGGCGGCGCUCCGCGCCGGCAAGCACGUGCUCUCGGAGAAGCCGGCUGCGCCAUCGAUCGAAGCGGCCCGCCGCAUCCUCGACACGAUCGCCGAGCUCGGGCCGCGUGCGCCCGUGUGGCUGGUGCUCGAGAACUGGCAGUUCAAGCCGUCCGUCCGCUGGCUGCGCGAGCGGCUGCAGGAGGGCGCCAUCGGCCGCGUGGCCGGAGAAGGCGCGUGGCUGGUGGACGCGGGCGUGCACUGGGCGCGGCUGCUCCGAGAGGCGCUCGGAGAGCCUGUCGAGGGCUCGGCCGCGCUCUGCAGCGGCGCGGAUGGCGCGGGCGGCGGCUCGCUAUGCGGCUGGGGCGAGCUCGGCGCUCUCUGCCUCUGGGCGGCGGAGGAGGGGGGCGGGCACAGGUGCGGGCGGGCGCGCGUCGCGCUCGAGCGCUUCGGCGGAGAGGCCACGACGCAGCUUCUCGACGGCGACGGGUGGGUGGAGGGCGGCGUCGCCGAGAGCCUCGAGCACGCGCUGACCGCGGUGAGCAUCACGCUCGAGUGCGAGCCUCGGUACUACGUGCGGCGACACGUGCACACCAUGGACCUGGCCGCGUUUGUCGCGCGCUGCGACGCUAUGCCUACCGCCACCUCUGGGUCUGAGCUGGUGGCCACGUUGGGCAGCGCGGGCUUCCUCGCCGCGAGCGGCUGCGCGGGCAAGACGCUCGAGCUCAAGUUCGUGGGCGGGCCCGGGAGAGCGGAGCAGGGCGUCAACGCGGACGGGCCGGUCGUGUGCGCGAACGUGCUCUGGCGCGUCGCCCUGCCGGCAGGGUGGGGACGCCUAGCGGCGCUCGAGCGGGUGCUGGCCGGGCUGGGCGGGCGGCCACAUCUGGGGAAGUGCCACGGCCUUGCCUGA